AACCAGUUUGCCAUCGUCCAAAGUCCAAAACAAUUAAGAAACCUUAGACUUCUCUAGCUUCUUGGUUUAUCAUUCCCUGCCAGAAGAAGAACCAACAUGGCUCCCACCAUCUAUAAUUUUUCGUAUUCUAAAAGGUUUUCAGAGUCAUUCAAUUCUUCAAAAUCAAAAAGAGAGUCAUCCAGUUCCAACAUCCUUGCUUUCCACUCCACAGCUCAAUGGAAUGCUCAUUAUAAAGCCACCAAAGAAACUAACAAACUGAUGGUACUUGAUUUCACAGCCACAUGGUGUGGACCUUGCAAACUCAUGGACCCAGUUAUCCAAGAGUUUGCUGGAAAUUACACAGAUGUUGACUUCAUCAAGAUUGAUGUGGAGGAGUUAACGGAAGUGUCUCAAGCACUCCAGGUCUACCAAUUGCCAACAUUCAUACUCGUUAAGAAAGGCAAAGUUGCUGAUAGAGUGGUGGGGGUGAAAAAGGAGGAGCUGAAAAGGUCGAUUGAGAAGCACAGAAAAUAAAUGAAUGAUGUAAUAAAAUCAGAAAGGCUCAACAGCACAUUCUGCCAUAACCAAUUCCAGGAAAAAAAAAAAAACAAAACUACCAACAACUGAGAUUGCAAUAAGUUGUUGUCCUCAUCAUUUUCUCCCAAUGAGAAGAUAUGUGUCAUUCUUUUACCAUCACAAGUAUGCAAUGUAAUAUGACACGUGUAGUUGCUCACGUUUAACCUACAAGGGCAUCUAUUAACAUAUAUAUCAAUAUUAUUGGCCAGUUUUGGGUUUAUUUUA